AUGAAGCAAGAUAUUAACAGUGAGUCAUAUUCGCUCCCAUUGGGGACUAAUCCAAUUGCUAUGGGUCGACUUGGAUGCAUUUAUAAUUCACUUAACAAGACAACCGGCCAAAUGCAUGCUGUAGAAUGCAUGAAUGUAAAUGACACUGUAGCUGAACUUAGCGAAAGUAGCUCUCGUGUGCAUACUAUUCAGCAACUUUUAGAAGCUGAGCUGCAGCGUUGCAGCAUCAUAUCGAACACAGAUAGAGGAAAACAUGUCUUUUGCUACAACUCUGUGGAAAGCAGUCAAGCACGGAUCUGCCUCCACGCCACUUCAUCCGUUAUUGGCAGCCUUGCCAGUCUUCAAAAGGACUUUAAUCGCCUGCAUCCUUUGGCAAUUAAACAAUAUGUAUAUUAUAUUGUGUGCGGACUUUAUGCACUUCAUCAGGCGGGAUUUACAUGCGGUGGUGUACGUAACUUCUUUGUUGUACUGCAUCCACUUGAGAGGUCGCUUCUGUCCCUCUCGAGAUUCUUACUUUUGUGUGGAGGAAAUGUGGUCAAAAUUGCUGCAUGGUUUCCAUCUGCUCGAGUAUUAAAUUCUCUUCAAUCAAAAGAAUUCCUUCCAAUUCGUCGCUCUAGCAUUAAAAUGCAGUUUACGAAUGAUGAUCGGGCUCAAGACGUGCGAAGCGUGGCAUUUGUCAUGGCAGAAAUGCUCACUGGACUUCGUAUUCGUGGAAGUCUGAUGGAAAAGAGUCGCUUGCUUGACGAAAUUGUCACAGGCUCACCAGAAUAUGAGUUCUUAAGAGACUUGCUAGCAUUGAAACCUCUCCAAGAAUUAAUGAAACAUUCGUACUUUUCGACGGUCAAUCCAACGCAGAGUUUGGCUUCUGACGCAACGCAUGGGCAGCAGCAGAUUGUCGAGACAUUUUUAAGUCAGGAACUGAACAAAUGCCAGCUAAUGGAACAAGAAUACCGAGAAGAAAUUCGAGCUUGGGGCGUCCAAUUUGAAAAAAGGUAUAUGAAAAAGCCUGAGUCCAUCGACUGCCCAGCUAAUAUUAUACGCCUAAAUGGACGGCUUCAAGCCUUGAAAGCGCGAAUAAAAGAACUGAACGACCGCCUCACCACAUCCCAUCCUGGCGUCAAUCAACUGUUUGGCGUCAAUCAACUGUUUGAAAUCAAACAGCCUUUAGCAAAUGAAGCUGCCAAUCAGAUCAUACACACGCAUCAAGACAUUCGGCCAAACCUCUUUCUAGAUGAAUUACCAGUUGGUACAGAAAAGAGUUCGGAGUCGAUUGGCCAAAGCGAAGGAACCAGAUCACCAGCACAAAAGGCGUUUUUGAACCGGUUUCAAUCUACUCAAUAA